GAAAGGAGACGCAUGAAAGUCAGAAGACAAACAUGGCCCUUGUACAAAUCCUGCUUGCUCUAUUAAUCUCAGUCAUAGGUGCUCUUUACCUUCUGGGAUCUUUUCGCCGCAGACGAACCGGAGAACCUCCAUUGGAAAAGGGUCCCAUUCCCUGGCUUGGCCAUGUGCUGGAAUUCAGGAAGGAUACAGCAAAAUUCCUGAACCGGAUGAAAGCAAAACAUGGAGAUAUCUUUACAGUGCAGCUCGGAGGCUUUUACUUCACCUUCAUCACAGAUCCGCUGUCUUUCGGCGCUGUGGUCAAAGAGGCAAGAGCAAAGCUGGACUUCACAAAGUUUGCCGAGCAACUGGUGCAAAGAGUGUUUGGCUAUCAUUCAAUACAAAGCGAACACAAAGUUCUCCAAGCGUCGAGCACCAAACAUCUGAUGGGAGACGGUCUGGUGGUCAUGACUCAAGCCAUGAUGUACAACCUUCAGAAUCUGAUGCUCCACAGCGUUGGGUCUGGGAAUGGCAAAGUGUGGCAGGAAUCUGGACUUUUUGCGUACAGCUACAACAUUGUUUUUCGAGCAGGUUAUCUGUCACUGUUUGGUAAUGAGUCCCCCAAAGGCACAGGAAAAGAGUCUGUAGAAAAAGCCAAAGAAAUCGACAGACAGGAAUCAAAUGAUCUUUUUUGGGAAUUCCGAAAAUAUGACCAGCUGUUUCCUAAUCUGGCGUAUGGAGUGCUGGGCCCCAGCGAGAAGAUGGAGGCAGAGCGUUUGAAAAGGCUCUUCUGGAGCACACUGUCAGUGCAGAAGAUGAGAGCCAGAGACAACAUCAGCGGCUGGGUUUCAGAUCAGCAGCAGGUCAGAGCCGAGCACGGCAUGCAGGAGUUCAUGCAGGACAGAUACAUGUUUCUGCUUCUGUGGGCGUCUCAGGGAAACACGGGUCCUUCUGCAUUCUGGCUGCUCUUGUAUCUGAUGAAGCACCCCGAGGCUAUGAGCGCUGUUAGGAAGGAGGUUGAGGAGAUUCUCAAAGAAGCAGGGCAGGAGGUGAAACCAGGAGGCCCACUGAUAGACCUGAGCAGGGAUAUGCUCCUGAAAACUCCCAUCCUAGACAGUGCAGUGGAAGAGACUCUCCGUUUGACAGCCGCCCCUAUCCUUACCAGAGCUGUUAUGCAGGAUAUGACCAUUAUUAUGGCAAACGGACAAGAGUACAAGAUCCGUGAGGGUGACAGAGUUGCAGUUUUCCCCUAUGUGGUUCAUGUAGAUCCCGAAGUUCACCCGGAUCCCCUCACCUUCAAGUAUGACCGGUUUCUCAAUGCAGAUGGAAGCAGAAAGACUGAUUUCUACAAGGGUGGAAAGAAGCUCAAGUAUUACAGCAUGCCCUGGGGAGCUGGAACCACAAUGUGCCCGGGAAGAUUCUUUGCCACAAAUGAGCUGAAGCAGUUUGUCUUUCUCAUGCUGUCCUACUUUGACUUUGAGCUGACAAAUCCAAAUGAACAGAUUCCAGGUAUUGAUAUCAGACGAUGGGGUUUUGGCUCCAUGCAGCCAGAUCGAGACAUCCAGUUCAGAUACAGACCUAGAAUUUAAAAACACUGUUUCCUCUUUUUUUGUGUGUUUCUGUGAUCUAAUAUUAAGACUUUCACAAUGCUCAAAAGACAGCAUGAUGUUUUUGGUUUAGGUUUUAAAACUGACAUGCUUUCGCAUUUCCUGCAUUUACAGUGUGAGAUUGCUUGGGAAAAGGUUGUUUAAUCACUGUCUCCUAAAAUACUGUGAAUGUUUUUGCAACUGAAUGUUCCAGGAGCUUGUGUUUACUUUGUUUAUCUAUGUGAGUACAGAUGUCAAACAACUUACAUAGCAGCGGUUUUGUGCAUAAUCAUGUUUCUUUUAAAAAUAUAUCAGCACAAUAUGCAUGUCUAUAUAUAUGUUUAUACAAAACAUGUGCAAAUGCCAGUUCAUAAAUAUAUAGAAUUUAUAAAUAAAGACUUUACGACUUUAAA